AUGACAGCUGCCCCCCUGCUCAUGGCCCGGGCAGCCAGCCUGAGCCUGAGCUUCUUGGUACUGCUUUCCUUCUGGCUCGACCAAGGUGUGGUGGCCAAGGAGUUGAAGUUUGUGACAUUGGUGUUUCGACAUGGAGACCGAAGUCCCAUUGAAACCUUUCCUAAUGACCCCAUUAAAGAAUCCGAAUGGCCAAGGAUUUGGCCAACUCACGAAGCAGGAAUACAACAGCAUUAUGAACUUGGAGCAUAUAUGAGGAAAAGAUAUGAAAAAUUCUUGAAUGAGUCUUAUAAACGUGAACAGGUUUAUAUUCGAAGCACAGACAUCGAUCGGACUUUGAUGAGUGCCAUGUCAAACCUUGCAGCCCUGUUUCCCCCAGAGGGCAUCAGCAUCUGGAAUCCUAACCUACUCUGGCAGCCCAUCCCAGUGCACACAGUGCCUACUUCUGAAGAUCGGUUGCUGUACAUGCCUUUCAACCAAUGCCCUCAUUUUCAAGAACUUGAGGAUGAGACUUUGAAAUCAGAGGAAUUCCAGAAGAGGCUUCUUCCUUAUAAGGAUUUUAUGGAAACCUUGCCAAAACUUUCAGGGUACAAGGAUCAGUCCCUUGCUGGAAUUUGGAGUAGAGUCUAUGACCCUUUAUUGUGUGAGAGAACUCACAAUUUCACUUUACCUUCCUGGGUUACUGAGGAUACCAUGACUAAGCUGAGAGAAUUAUCAGAAUUGUCCGUCUUGUCCCUCUAUGGAAUUCACAAGCAAAAAGAGAAAUCUAGACUCCAGGGGGGUGUCCUGGUCAAUGAAAUUCUCAAUAACAUGAAGAAUGCCACUCAGCCAUCAAACCACAGAAAACUUGUUAUGUAUUCAGGACAUGACACUACUGUGAGCGGCCUACAGAUGGCGCUAGAUGUUUACAAUGGACAACUUCCUCCCUAUGCUUCCUGCCACAUCACAGAAUUGUACCUUGACAAGGGGGAGUACUUCGUGGAGAUGUACUAUCGGAAUGAAUCACGGCAUGAGCCACACCCCCUCACACUGCCAGGCUGCACCCACAGCUGUCCUCUGACCAAGUUUGCUAAGCUGGUUGCCCCUGUGAUCCCCAGAGACUGGGCUUCAGAGUGUAUGAUUACAACUGACCAUCAAGGUAUUGAGGAUGUUACAGAUUAGCGUGUAUGCAGCGUUCUGCACAACAGGCAGAGUGGCCUUUCUCAGAACAGUUGGCGCUUUGAGA